CAGUCGCUCGCUGUCCUACCCGGACAUUGUUUUGUGAACAUCCAUGUAUUUGUUGUAGAGCGGAAGUGGAGCCAGAUCCUCGAGACCACAGCGACAGCUGAACGAAUCUUGGGAAUAUAUUGGUGUAGGGACGUGGAUUUCCAUCAGCCAAGAUGUCUCGGGGAUCAAUUGAAAUCCCCUUACGGGACACCGAUGAGGUCAUUGAGCUUGAUUUCGACCAGCUGCCAGAAGGAGAUGAGGUAAUCAGUAUCCUGAAACAGGAGCAUACACAGUUGCACAUAUGGAUUGCUCUUGCUCUGGAGUAUUACAAACAGACGAAGACGGAGGACUUUGUCAAGCUGCUGGAGGCGGCCCGUAUCGAUGGGAACCUAGACUACAGAGACCAUGAGAAGGACCAGAUGACCUGUCUGGACACCUUGGCAGCCUACUAUGUCCAGCAGGCACGUAAAGAGAAGAACAAAGAUGCCAAGAAGGAGCUCAUCACUCAGGCCACCCUGCUCUACACCAUGGCAGACAAGAUCAUCAUGUACGACCAGAACCACUUGUUGGGAAGAGCCUGUUUCUGCCUGCUGGAGGGGGACAAAAUGGACCAGGCUGAUGCUCAGUUCCACUUUGUCUUGAACCAGUCUACCAAUAACAUCCCUGCUCUACUUGGUAAAGCUUGCAUCUCCUUCAAUAAGAAGGAUUACAGGGGAGCAUUGGCCUACUACAAGAAGGCUCUACGCACAAACCCUGGAUGUCCUGCCGAGGUGAGGCUGGGGAUGGGCCACUGCUUUGUCAAGCUCAGUAAGCUGGAGAAGGCCCGUCUGGCCUUUGGCCGGGCCCUGGAGCUCAACUCCAAGUGUGUGGGAGCCCUUGUGGGCUUGGCUGUGCUGGAGCUCAACAGCAAGGAGCCCGACUCCAUCAAGAAUGGAGUGCAGCUCUUAUCCAGAGCCUACACCAUCGACCCCAGCAACCCCAUGGUGCUCAACCACCUGGCUAACCACUUCUUCUUCAAAAAGGACUACAGUAAAGUGCAGCACCUGGCUCUCCAUGCAUUUCACAACACAGAGGUGGAAGCAAUGCAGGCUGAGAGCUGCUACCAGUUGGCCCGCUCCUUUCAUGUACAGGAGGACUAUGACCAGGCCUUCCAGUACUACUACCAGGCCACCCAAUUUGCCUCGUCUACCUUUGUGCUGCCUUUCUUUGGCCUGGGGCAGAUGUACGUGUACCGUAGAGACAAGGAGAAUGCAGCCCAGUGUUUUGAGAAGGUCCUAAAGGCCUACCCCAACAACUAUGAAACCAUGAAGAUCCUGGGAUCUCUUUAUGCUACUUCAGAUGAUCAGGAAAAGAGAGACAUUGCCAAAGGUCAUCUGAAGAAGGUAACCGAGCAGUACCCUGAUGACGUUGAGGCCUGGAUCGAGCUGGCUCAGAUCCUGGAGCAGACCGACAUCCAGGGCGCCCUCUCUGCCUACGGCACGGCCACCCGCAUUCUGCAGGAGAAGGUCCAGGCUGACGUCCCCCCUGAGAUCCUCAACAACCUGGGGGCUCUCCACUUCAGACUGGGGAACCUGGGAGAGGCCAAGAAAUACUUCCUGGCCUCUUUGGAGCGGGCCAAAGCUGAGGGAGAGCAUGACGAGCAUUACUACAACGCCAUCUCUGUCACCACCUCUUACAACCUAGCCAGGCUCUACGAGGCCAUGUGCGAAUUCCACGAGGCGGAGAAACUCUACAAGAACAUCCUGAGGGAACAUCCCAACUACGUUGACUGUUACCUGCGACUUGGCGCAAUGGCUCGUGACAAAGGAAACUUCUAUGAAGCUUCCGACUGGUUCAAAGAGGCUCUGCAGAUUAAUCAGGAUCACCCAGACGCCUGGUCCCUGAUUGGGAAUCUCCACUUGGCCAAGCAGGAGUGGGGUCCGGGUCAGAAGAAGUUUGAGCGUAUCCUCAAGCAGCCGUCCACUCAGAACGACACCUACUCCAUGCUGGCCCUGGGCAACGUGUGGCUCCAGACCCUGCACCAGCCCACCAGGGACCGGGAGAAGGAAAAGAGACAUCAGGAUCGAGCCCUGGCCAUUUACAAACAGGUCCUACGAAACGACUCCAAGAACCUUUACGCUGCCAACGGCAUAGGUGCCGUCCUGGCCCAUAAGGGCUACUACCGAGAGGCCCGUGACGUGUUUGCCCAGGUGAGAGAAGCCACAGCUGAUAUCAGUGAUGUCUGGCUCAACCUGGCCCACAUCUACGUGGAGCAGAAACAGUACAUCAGCGCUGUGCAGAUGUACGAGAACUGUCUGAAGAAAUUCUACAAGCAUCAGAACACUGAGGUGCUGCUGUACCUGGCUCGGGCACUCUUCAAAUGCGGGAAACUCCAGGAGUGCAAACAGACUCUGCUGAAGGCACGUCACGUGGCCCCCAGUGACACGGUGCUGAUGUUCAACGUGGCCCUGGUGCUGCAGAGGCUGGCCACUCUGGUGCUGAAGGAUGAGAAGAGUAACCUAAAGGCUGUACUCAGUGCUGUCAAAGAGCUGGAGCUGGCCCACCGGUAUUUCAGCUACCUUGCCAAGGCAGGUGACAAGAUGAGGUUCGACCUAGUGCUUGCCUCUACUGAGGCCAGGCAAUGCUCUGACCUGCUGAGUCAGGCUCAGUAUCACGUGGCUCGGGCCAGGAAGCAGGACGAGGAGGAGAAGGAGAUCCGGGCCAAGCAGGAUCAGGAGAGGGACUUCCUGCGCCAACAGAUGCAUAAAGAACAGGAGGAGAAGAGAACCAAGCUGGAAGAGGAUCAGAAGAAGCUGCUGGAGCAGAGAGCCAUGUACGUGGAGAAGACCAAGGGUCUGCUCUCCUUCGCCGAUGGAAUGAAGGAGGAAAGGAAAGAGAAGAAGAAAGGUGGCGGCCGACGCAAGAAAGGAGACUUUGAUGAGUUUGUCAACGAUGGCUCUGAUGAGGACCUGCCAGUGAGAAGGAGGAAGAAGAGGAAGGGUGGCAGCGGAAGUGAGGAGGAGGGCCGCAGGAAGAGGAGGAGACCCAACAAAGGGGGUGACGAUGGCAGUGAUGAUGAGGAAGGAGGCUCACGGCCCAAAAAGCAACGCAAACCCAGAGCGGGCGGCAAGAAGAUGCAAAAGUACGAGCCUGUGCCACCAUCUCUCAAAGGCAAGAUCAAGUCGAAGGCCAUCAUCUCAUCCUCCGACUCUUCAUCAGACGAGGAUGGACUGAAAAUUGCUGAAGACAGAAACCCCAGAGACAGUGGUUCAGGCUCUGAUAACGAGGGCGGACACAAGAAGCGCAUCGCCUCCGACAGUGAGUCCGACGGGGGCCGGAACCGCUCUGGCAGCGAAGCUGGAAGCCCCCAACGCUCCGGAAACUCGGUUAGUGACUCCGGCAGCGGCGCUGGAAGCCCCCAACGCUCCGGAAACUCGGUUAGCGACUCAGGCAGCGAACGUCCAGUGAAGAGGAAGAGAGUGCAGCAGCAGUCUGACUCAGAGCAGUCUGAUAACGAGAGCAAGAGGAGCCGCUCUGGGUCGGAGAAGGAGUCCCGACCUGGCUCACCGGCCGCAGCCUCUGGCUCUGAAGCAGGUUCUCCGGCGUGCUCCCCACACCGCUCCGACAACGGAUCAGAACCAGGGGGCUCUGCCAAAGAGGCCUCCAACCACGGCUCUGGCUCUGACAGUGACUGAGGCCUCAAACUCAGAACUGACUUUUUUUCCUACAGAAUUUUUAUUAUUUUUUUUAACAGAUUUUUGUAAAGGCUUUUUUCUUCCGUCUUGGUUUGUACCAUGAAAUUGAACUGAGCACAUGCAGUGUAGCUUUGUAGCCCUUAAUGUGGGUUGUCUUUACUAGUUUUUGGUCACCAGACUAAGACUUUUGCAUUGAUGCUGUACCUCAUGUCCUUUUGUUUUGUUGAUGAUGGAUGGAAAAUUUGACUUGUAAGUAGUCUGACGGCUGAUUGGAAGAGGUGACGUCACAGAAAAUUAGUAAAUUGACCCAGAGUUGGGACAAAUUAUAUGUAGAUAAUAAACAAACACAAAAUAAAUAUUAGUUUUUUUUCUAUUUCUGAUGAAGAUGCUUGUAAUGACAUUGGAAAACCACUUGACACUUAUCUUCUGAUUAUGGGGUAAAUGUGUUGUAAUUGUUUAGGCUGCAUUUUCCUUGUUUUCUGUAUCAACAUGACCUCUGCCAUUCAGAAAAAUAUUUUUGGCAAACCUAAAACUGCCAUAUUACAAGUUCAGCUUCAAUAGUGAAAGUGUAUAUAUGUGCCAUUUUUUAUUUAGGUCCUCUAUAUGGAUACAAGAAGUGCUAAGUAAUCUGGCGGCACGCCUAGGUGAUGCAGUUGUAAAUGUAUUCGUAGAGUUUGAGACACAUCGAGACUCCAAAUACAUGGCCCCAUUCCGGAGGUACCGCAGUGGGGUGGAUGAGGCAAACACAUGUUUGUGAAGAGGUCCUGUCUGUGGCCAGCUUCUGGAACUGACAACACCAGAUCAGGGUAUGUCUGACGGGGCUGACCGAGCCUGUCUGAAGAACAUAUGUUGUAGCGCACUUGUCAAACUCGUUCCACAGAGGGCGGAGUAUCUGCAGGUUUUCACUCCUCUCUUGUACUUGAUUAGUAAGGAACUCCCCUCACCUGGUUGUCUAAGUCUUAAUUAAAAGGAAAAAA